GAAGAGGAAGGUUUCGUCGCAUUGAAUUAACGGCGCACGAGUUCUUUUUCCCAUAAUCUACGAACACAGAUGUGAAGUUCACAGAUUAACGAGAAGAAAAGUGAGAUCAAAAGUAAAUAGCUGAGGUAACGACUUUAGUGAAAAAAAUAAAGCGGAAAAAGUGAUCGAAACGCGUAACGCACUAAUAAGAGGACAUGUAACCUAUAGUUGCUCUUUCUGUCAAACACUGAAAUGAUGGCGUGCGUCAAAGCGGUGGUGUAAUACAACAUGAAUGGGAAACGAAAGACAAGGGAGGACACGAGUGUUUGAAAGCAAGAGAACAGGAAAGGUGUUGUCUGCAAAAGCAAAAAUAAAAGUAGAAGUAGGAAGAGCGAAUUUACAUCCCUAUCACAGAGUAGGAACAGGUGGGGGAAAUUGACGGAUCACGGUACAGCGUGGUGGUAGUAUACGAAGAGUAACAACGGAAGAAGAUGAAACGAAAAGAGAUAAAAGAAGAGCGAUAAAGGAAUGUGAAAGAAAAAAAGGCGUUUCAUGCGAAAUGAAUGAAAAAAGAGAUACAUAGUAAAAGAGUACUCAAUCGAAACAGAGGAAAGAGAAAGGCGCGUCGUGAAAAAUACACAGUGAUAAACGAGCCGCGGGAAGACAGCUGGAAAAAAGGGAGAAGACUGGAAAAAGGAGCGUGAAGUUUUUGGAUUAAGCACGAUAGCAGGGGAGGUCGAAAAAAGAAAGAGGGACGGUGCAUUACACACUGGAGUCCGAUGUUCAGAGUCGUACAAUGGCCGGGGCUCUAUCCGAGAAUGCCCCGAGGCCUGUCAGUGUCGUUGCAGUAAGUGGUGCAACUGUUGAUAAUGCCAGGAACAACCAGCUUAACAGACCGCAGGAAUCACGAGAUAACGGGCGGUCUUUCACUUCAACGGAGGCACAAACGGAAUUGCCACUGCAAAAUGGUCCAGAGGCACUCGAGGAACUCGACGGUGUUCGAGGUGCUCGGAGAAGAGAGAGGCGGAUGCGUAGGCAACACCGGCGAGCUUUGAGAUCAUGCUCUAUGCUACCGUCUUAUCCUGGAACAUCACCAGGAUGUCAGGCUUCCUCAACUGCACCGGGAGUACCGCUGGUCACUCCCACCAGAGGAUUUCUCCAUCCUCCGCCUCCUCAUUUGGGUCUUAGGGGUCUCAGUCUUGGUCUACCGUUUCCGGUUUCCACUAGCGUGUCUGCUUUUGGCAGGGACGCAGUACCGAAACAAUGUUGUGGGCUCAGUUCCCCUCCUGUGCGUUGGUCCAUACUCGGGGUUGGCGUAGUGGGUCUCGUAUGUGCGGGCGCUGGCGCACUACUGGGAGCCCUUAGAGCUUCAGGUCGCGAUCACAUUGCUGUGGCUCUUCUUAUGAUUGGUAUAGGAGUGGUUCUGGUAACCGUGAGCGCUGUAGCGUGGCGAGUGACCAGUCGAGAAAAUUGCGGCAGUUUCUUUGGUUUCACGGGGAUCUCGAGCAGAAUCCCGCCGGCGAGGCCGAUUCAUCCGUACGCUGCCAUGAUUUAUCCGGAAUUCCAGUUUAGAACGCCACCUCCCAGUUAUCAGGCGAGCAUGCAGGAAUACAGGCUUCGAUUGCUGCUUCUGGAUCGACUGCAACCAACGUCCUCGCCUCCGCCGACCUACAGAUCGAAUGCUGGAAGCAUUGUAACUCCCGGCACGACUAGAGAAAGCAGGCCGCCGAGUUAUUGCGCCAGAUCGAACGUUGCAGCGAACACGAAUGUCGCACCAUCGAAGAAGGACGCGAAUCUGGUCAGGAUCGUCCAAACUGAAUCGGAACCCGUGAUUUUGAGCGGUGAUCAAACGCCUCCGGUCACCGCCGUUGAAGUACUCGCGCAUCUCUGA